GGGAUAGUCAAACGGGAUUCCUCUGGGAAAGAGCACAAAUCACUCCCAUUUUAGCAAGGAAAAACAGAGGAUCUUCAUCCACAAGGGUCCACCCCUCUCUAGCAGCCUGUUUCUCAUUCAUUCGCUCUAAGAAAACAAGCCUCAGCUUUGGUGAAAAAAAGAAAAAAUUGCAUCUUGUCAGUGGAAGAUGACACUUGAUCUAGCAAAGCCUGCAGCUUUAGUUGAUCGUAUUGUUUUUUAAAUUGUCAUCAGAUCCUUUUAUUUAAAGGCUUUCUCAAUCCAAAAGGGACUUCCAACCCUCAAGAGUGUAUGUACAUUGGUAAUCCUGGCAUUUCUGUUGUGGUGGCGGUGCUCUCCUUCCUGGAUAUUUCUGACUGUCUGAUAUUUCAGCGCAAGAACUAAUUGAUUUUUUUGUAUUGGGGUUACGUUUAUUACUGAAGGGGAACAGCGGAAUCAAGAGGUUGUUUUCAUGUUUGGGAUACAAGAAAGCAUUCAGCGGAGCGGAGGAAGCAUGAAGGAGGAGCCCUUAGGAAAUGGCAUGAAUGCCGUGCGGACAUGGAUGCAGGGAGCCGGGGUUCUGGAUGCUAACACCGCCGCGCAGAGUGGAGUUGGCUUGGCCCGGGCUCACUUUGAGAAGCAGCCGCCCUCAAACCUAAGGAAGUCCAAUUUCUUUCAUUUUGUGCUGGCACUCUACGACCGGCAAGGACAGCCUGUAGAAAUCGAGAGGACCGCUUUUGUGGGAUUUGUGGAGAAGGAAAAAGAAGCCAACACAGAGAAAACAAACAAUGGAAUACACUACAGACUGCAGCUUCUAUACAGCAAUGGGAUCAGGACAGAGCAGGAUUUCUAUGUUCGGCUGAUUGAUUCCAUGACAAAGCAGGCAAUAGUAUAUGAAGGGCAAGACAAGAACCCAGAAAUGUGCAGAGUUUUACUGACACAUGAGAUAAUGUGCAGCCGCUGCUGUGACAAGAAAAGCUGUGGCAAUAGGAAUGAGACACCCUCGGAUCCUGUGAUAAUUGACAGGUUCUUUUUAAAAUUCUUCCUCAAAUGUAACCAGAAUUGCCUAAAGAAUGCAGGAAAUCCUCGAGAUAUGAGAAGAUUUCAGGUUGUGGUUUCGACAACUGUUAAUGUUGAUGGCCAUGUCCUGGCGGUGUCUGAUAACAUGUUUGUACAUAACAACUCAAAGCAUGGGCGGAGGGCUCGGAGGCUCGACCCCUCUGAAGGUACGCCCUCUUAUCUGGAACAUGCAACACCAUGUAUCAAAGCCAUUAGCCCAAGUGAAGGAUGGACCACAGGGGGCGCCACAGUCAUCAUCAUUGGAGACAAUUUCUUUGACGGUUUACAAGUCAUAUUUGGUACUAUGCUGGUCUGGAGUGAGUUGAUCACUCCACAUGCGAUCAGAGUACAGACCCCUCCUCGCCAUAUCCCUGGUGUAGUAGAAGUGACAUUGUCCUACAAAUCUAAGCAAUUCUGCAAAGGAACACCGGGGAGGUUCAUUUACACAGCUCUAAAUGAACCUACUAUUGACUAUGGUUUCCAGCGGUUACAAAAGGUUAUUCCCAGGCAUCCUGGUGAUCCAGAACGUUUACCAAAGGAGGUAAUAUUGAAAAGAGCGGCUGACCUCGUGGAGGCAUUAUACGGCAUGCCACAUAACAACCAGGAAAUAAUUCUAAAAAGAGCAGCAGAUAUAGCAGAAGCAUUAUACAGUGUUCCCCGAAAUCACAACCAACUCCCAGCUUUGACUAAUACACCAGUCCAUGCAGGAAUGAUGGGGGUAAACUCAUUCAGUGGGCAGCUAGCAGUAAAUGUCUCAGAAGCCUCGCCAUCUACAAAUCAAGGUUUUACUCGCAACACAAGCAGUGUAUCGCCUCAUGGGUAUGUGCCAAGUAGUACCCCACAACAAACAAAUUAUAACUCAGUCACAACAAGCAUGAAUGGAUAUGGAAAUGCUGGAAUGUCAAACUUGGGUGCUUCACCGACCUUCUUGAAUGGAUCUGCUGCCAACUCUCCAUAUGCCAUAGUGCCAUCGAGUCCUACAAUGGCCUCGUCUACUAGCCUCCCUUCAAACUGCAGCAGCUCCUCUGGGAUCUUUUCCUUUUCACCCGCCAACAUGGUCUCAGCAGUGAAACAGAAGAGCGCCUUUGCCCCAGUGGUGAGACCGCAGACUUCACCUCCCCCAACUUGCACCAGCGCCAAUGGUAACAGCCUGCAGGACCAGUCUUUUGUGGACUCUAGCAAAUACUCCACUGCAGGGUCUCUUCAGGGACUGGCCUUCUCUUGAACUAUAUCUGGCAUGAUUGUUCCUCCAAUGUAAAGGAAUUGCCUUGAAAUGUUUGUUUAUCUGUUGAAGACGUUGGAAUUCUGCUAGACAAAGAAGUGUGUCCCAAAUCUGCAAGCAGGAAAGAACUUAUAACUCAGGCCUUUUUAAAGAGGAAACUGUAAUUUCAGAUUUUUUUUUUAAAUCUACUACCUUGCAAAUACUGACGUGGUGUUGAAUCUACAAGUGCAAGGUGUCAGUAACUGUUCUAUAUCCCAUAUGUUUGGGAGAAGUAUUUAUUCUUUGCUGACAAGAAAUCAACUUUUCAGUCAGUUUCUUUUUUCAUGAAUCUAGCUGUCAGUUGUUAAUAUCUGCCUUUUGUAUACUGUCAAACACACACGGGACACAAUCAGUGGAACUCAACAUUUUAAUUUAUGAUCUUUAUAAAGGUGAGUGAGCUGGGCAAGAAAGUAACAGAAUACUUAAAAGAACUAUUGGCAAACAAUGGCAAAUUGGAAUUUUUGUUUUCUUGUAUCGGUGAUCAAAAUGUUUUAUAGGUGCCAAGUGAUACAUUGUAGAUGGAUAAUACCGACAUUCUAAAUCUUUUUUGGCAUCUUUCUGAAGUAUGAUCAUUUUGAUAUCGAAAAUGAAGAAGUCAUGCCUGUGUUUACUAUUACGGUAUCAUCUUUCCUCUACCCAUACUAUGCAAGAUUCAUUAUUAGUCUCUAAAAGUAUAGACAGCAUAUAUGUUUAUCCCUUAGGGAGAUGGGUGAGGAUGGUUACUCACUCUCCCAUUCUGUAUAAAAUGUCAUGACUUUGGAUAUAGCUAGAUUAGAGAAGAUAAUCAUUUUGAGGUUUGGUGAUGUCUGAUAUGAACACGCUUUGCUAAAUGUAACAAUGAGAGAGAAUGGGACCGCCCUUUGUGUUAACAUUAGGCCAUGUGUGUUACAAUCAUUUUUCACAUGUAUGUAUAAAUGUUGAACAUCAUUUUUUGUUUUUGCUUUUUUUCCCCCUAGAAAUUUAGAAUGGCAAUGGUAUACUAACAUCAUACAAAAAUAUAUCCCCUAGAACUACGUAUAGUUCGGUCCUAUACCAUUCAGCCAAAUAAAGCACUGGGAAAUGAAAUGAUUAGGAGAUACUAGGAGUAAAUUACUUUCCAGGCUGCUGUAUCACUGGUUUUCCUGAUAUGCAGGCUAAUCUGUUAUACCUAGAGAAACUUUAAGUAGAAUAUUCUAGUCAGUUUCUGAUAUCAAAUAAGAAGUAAACAAAAAAAGAAGGCACUCAUAUUAUUUGAUGAGAAUGGAAGGUGUUGUUAUGAAGAAUUAUCUCGCAUUUCACAUGAAUGGUGCUAGCACUGUGUGGAAAAAUGCUCUUAAAAUGUCUUGGUCAAACAUCCAGCAAAGCUACAAUGAUGCAUUAGGUGACAUUUUCUUUGCUGUUGUGUUUUGUAUGUAGUAUAAAUACUGUAGAUUUUGUGAUUUUUUUUUGCCAAAGUUGUCAUUUUAAUAUUUAUACAUUUUAAUGUCUUAAUUUUUUCAGUAUCACUAAAGAUUUUACUGCAUUUUUUUUUGCAUUAUGAGCUCACAUUGUUUAGCUUGCACAUACUUGCAAAUCUGAAUUUAAAAAGCUUUGUUUGUAAGGGGAUUUUGUAAAAUAUCCAUAUAAAUAAUGUAUUUAUCUUUGUAAUUUGUAUAUUGCUUUUAACCCCCUUGUUUUAUUUUAUUGUGUAUUGUUUGCUAUGUGGAAAGUGCCGAUUUGUUUGGUUACUUACAGAUGUACUAGCUGUUCAAAUGUGAUUUUUUUAAUGUUUCAUUUGUAUUUAGUUUUUUUUCUAGUAUUGUUUAAAACCAUGCUUACAUUUUUUUUUAUUCCAUCCAAAUUCCAUUGUCUAUUUUUGUAUUAUUUGUAAGUUAAAAUGUUUUUUCAAUAAUAUGGCAAAACGUAGCAUAUUAUUCUUGUAGCAUUUACUUACAUAGAUUUAAAAAAACAAUGUAUCUUUUGCUUUGGAAGCUUUCAAAGCCUAACACCGUUUUAAGACUAUUAAUAUGCAUGGAAACUCUCUCUCUCCCCAUUGGAGUGAUGGUCACAUUUUGUGCAUUAAGUGUGGAGAGAAACAUCAUAGAACUCUAUGGAAAUACUUUCUUUCUUAAGUUUGCUUGUAUAUUUCUCUGUCUUUCACAUAAAUAUAAACCAGCAGAUUGGAUGCCUUAACAAUGCAAAUCAUAUUCAUUUCACUUGUACGUUGUACUGUGCACCAGAACCAUCAAUCGUCACUAAAUAUUCUAAGAAAAAAAAAGAAAUGAAAAGCACAAAAGAACUGUUUUGUUACUUAUGAUAAUGUAACUUUUAUAUUAAAGUAAGAACUCAAUUACAGUAAUGCUGCAACUGUGCAUGUUCCCUGACUGAAUGUUUCAAUAGUUUUUACUGAGGUGUGAGGAUGAAAAACAAAAGGGAAUCUGGCAUUUUAUUAUACAAGCAUCAAACUGGAAAAAAAUCAUGCUACAGAUGUAAAACCAUUGUUUAUUAAUGUAAAAGAUCUGUCUGGGUUUGAUUGUAAAGAUACUAGCUUCAAUGUAAGUGAAAUGUUUAAAGCCAUAAUCUGUGACAGAAUGCAGACUUCAAAAGAUUUCAGCACAUCCUACCUUUACUUGCAAGGUAAGUAUGAACUAGGAAAGUCUUUUCUGGAACCACCACAUUUGUAGAUCAUUAUUGUAAACCAAAAUUAGAUUAGAGUUUUUUCUCUUGUGUAAUUAAAUAGACAUUAUGCCAUUAAGCAUGCACAUGUUUCAAAGUAUAGUUUGUGUUAUCAUUAAACAUCUUCAGGAACAGAAUAUGGCUUUAAGCUGAAAAAAAGAGUGAUUUUUUUAUCUAAGUAAUGACAUAACUAGAUUGUAAAAGUGACAGUUCCCUCAGUGCUGUAUGACAAUGCAGCUAAAACAAAUGUCAUCUCUCUAAAACUGGUAGUCUUUCACCUUACAUGAACUCUUUUUGAAUAGACACACACUGUACAGUUCUAUUGUUAGAGAAACUAACUACUGUAGAGAUUGUUAUAAUUUUUUUGCAGAAAUUGGAGCUGUAAAAACUUUUCAACUUUCACAAUAUUUAAUUAAAGUUACUUCCUGUCUGUGAACCCCAAA